AUCCUCAGCUCUCCAAACAAACCCUCAGAGACAGCCAGCAAGUGGAACGCAAAACCCGGAACUCAGCUGGAACGCAAAACCCGGAACUCAGCUGGAACGCAAAACCCGGAAGUGAUGCUUUCGCAGACCUGGAGGAGGAAGGAGUAGCUGCUUCCGGUGUUUGUUCCAUGUGGACAGAAACUGUUAUUGGACAAAACAGCUUUAAUUAAUAGAAUCUGAAUGGCCUGCCCUUACGUCGUUUCCAGCACACCCACAGCGACUUGCUCCAAUCGCAAGCAGAGCUCAUCUAGAGGAUAAAAUAACACUACAAAGAGUCCAGUGUAAACCAUCUUACUCGUUGAUGAUGGACAAGGAUCUAGUGGAUGAAAAGAUAUUACAUCUAACCCUGGAGAUUGUCUGCCUCCUAACUGGAGAGGAUUAUAUUGUUAUAAGAAGGUCUGGUGACCAUAUCACGAAAAGCCGCAGUACGGUGCCUCCACCUCACUCCCUGAUUCAUAAGAGAAACAAUGACCAGAAGAUCCUGGAACUGACCAAUAAGAUCAUUGAGUUGCUGACUGGGGAGGUUCCUAUAAGGUGUGAGGAUGUUAUGGUCUAUUUCUCUGUGGAGGAGUGGGACUAUAUAGAAAGGCACAAGGAUAUCUACAAGGACAUGAUGAUGGUGAACCUCCAGCCCCUCAGCUCAGUGGGUUUAUUCAAGAUUACACAGAAAUCUAUUUGUUCAUCAUAUUAUCAAAGAAAAGAAAUGAAUGAAUUUGAGAAUUAUCCUGGAAAACAAUUGGCAAACUGUGAACUAAACAAUCAAUUUUCAAAUGAAGCGAACAAAGUGACUUCACAUGUCGAAGGAGAUUUAACAAACAUUAAAAUGCAGACUGAAAGCAUGCCUGGCCAUAUUAUACAGGACUUUAUCACAUGUCAAAAAAAAAAUCUCACAGCCGUCAACACAGAACAUCCACAGACCGAAUACUCAUCUAUUCAUAUUAAGGAGAAACCAGCCUCAUGUGAAGAAAGAAAUCUCACCAACAUUUAUACACCAUCAGACCAUCUAGAGACCAAAUAUCCAUCUAUUCAUAUUAGGGAGGAACCAGCCUCAUGUGAAGAAAGAAAUCUCAACGACAUGUAUACACCAUCAGAACAUCUACAGACCGAAUAUCAAUCCAUUCAUAUUAAGGAGGAACCAGCCUCAUGUGAAGAAAGAAAUCUCACCAACAUUUAUACACCAUCACAACAUCUACAGACCGAAUAUCAAUCCAUUCAUAUUAAGGAGGAACCAGCCUCAUGUGAAGAAAGAAAUCUCACCAACAUUUAUACACCAUCAGAACAUCUACAGACCGAAUAUCAGUCUAUUCAUAUUAAAGAGGAACCAGCCUCAUGUGAUGAAGGAAAUCUUACAGACAUUUAUACACCCACAGACAAUCCACAGGCAGAAUAUUCAGCUACUCAUAGUAAGGAGGAGAGAUAUAUAACAAAAGAAUUGGAAUUUUGUGGAGACUUAAAAAUUCUAGAAAUCUGUUCACCACCUGAAUACUCACAGACAGACCAUCCAUCUACUGAUUGUAAGGAUGAAUCUGCCUCAUUUAUAGGGCAUCAUUCCAGAAUGAAUGUGUCCACAAAACAUACACCUAGAGAAUGCAUGUUUGCAGACACUGACAAAUUAUUGUUUGAGGAACGAAAUAUUACAACCACACACUUUUAUACUCCGGAAGAACUUUUUAAACACACAAUUCAGAGAAACCAGAAACAUGUGUGCCCUGAGUGUGGCAAACAAUUCUCCUCUAAAUCGAAACUUACAACACAUCAAAGGACUCACACUUUAGACAAACCCUUCUGCUGCUCUGAGUGCAAAAAGUGCUUCAAAUAUAAGUCAAAUCUUGGAAAGCAUGCUAAAACUCACACAGGUAAAAAACUGUGUGUAUGUUCAGAAUGUGGAAAAGGUUUCAUUCACAAUUCUGUUCUUGUUAGACAUAAGCUAAUCCACAAAGGAGAGAAACCCUAUGCUUGUUCCCAGUGUGAGAGGUGCUUUAUUUACAAAUCUGAUCUUGUUCGGCAUCAGAAAAUUCACACAGGAGAGAAACCAUUUCUGUGUUCUGAAUGUGGGAAAUGUUUUACCCAAAAAACAGAGCUUGUUUCCCAUCAGAGAAUAUACAUGGAUGAGAAUCCAUAUUGUUGCUUGGACUGUGGGAAAUGUUUUAUCAACAAUUCCCAGCUACUCGUACACCGGAGAACUCACACAGGAGAGAAGCCAUAUUCUUGUUCUGAAUGUGGAAAAUGUUUUGCCCAUAAAAAAAUCCUUCUUUCCCAUAAAAGGUUUCACUUAGAUUAUAAACCACAUUUAUGUCCUGAUUGUGGGAAAUGUUUUACCCAGAAAUCUGACCUCCUUCUUCAUCAAAGAGAACACACAGGAGAGAGACCUUUCUCAUGUUCUGAAUGUGGGAAAUGUUUCAGCAAUAAUGCACACCUUCUUAGGCAUCAGAGAACUCACACAGGAGUGAAGCCAUUCUCGUGUUCAGAAUGUGGACAAUGUUUUAUUUGUAAAGCAGGGCUUUAUAAACAUCAGAAACACCAUACAGAAGAGGAACUGUAAUGUGGUGGCAAACAAACACAUUGUACAUGCAUGGUUAAAAAAUAGACAUAAUAUGAAAAUUCUACCUCAUGUAGAUAUACAUGUUUAGUCACAAUGUGGUGUAUUCCUAUUUAGAUGCCAUUUCCUUUCCAGUCGGCAGUCAUUCAGUAUAUAAGCAAGUGGCAUUGUUUUAACAUACUGUAAAGAAAUGAUAAAACAUGUAUUUACGGCUUGUGAAAAACACUAGAUUACUUUGCAUUACAGGAACUUUCUACGUCAGCAACAAUAUACAACAAUGUGGGUUGGUGGGGAAGAAAGAAACCAGUACAUUGUUUUUACAUCGAUAUCCUCCCUGAGAGAUAUUUUUGGUCCAAGCAAGCUUUAGUAGGUAUAAUUUACCUCUCGAAAUGUUGACAGGUUUUCAGUACAGAGAUGGCCAACGUGGAACUGCACCAUAAUUUUCAAACAAUGAGAAGAUGUUCACAGCCAAUUUCCACCCAUUAUUGUCUUUUUUAUAUAGUGCCAGUAUAUUCUGCAGUGCUUUACCACUUUAAUGUGGGGAUGUAGCAGCAAAUAGGAUGCUAUUCCAAAUGUUCAUAAGAGGCUAAUAAGGACCAUGCUCAAACAAGCUUACAAUCUAGAGGAAUUUCUGAGUUGAGCAGACUAAGCAACCAGUAUUUUGCUGUAUAGGGAAGAUGAAUCACACUGUGCUGAAAUGACUUAUAAUGCAGAAUGACCACUGGAAAUCUGGGAUUACUAAAGCAAAACCUAGAAUGUUCACUAUGUGUUUUUAUAUAUUGUGUUUUUAAAGAUAAGAGAUGACAAACAUA